AUGGUUGCCGAGCCUGUCCUGGCUACAAUGCAGGUGCUAAACAGAGUUAUCAGCGAUACCAGUACCUUCAUAAACAAACAGCAGGAGAAACUACAAAACUCAGAUCUGUUGAAUAAAAUUUUUCAUCACGAAUCAUCAUUCGAACCGCCUCAGCAGCAACUUUCACAUAUCGAGUCCCUUUUCAAUCGUAUAACGAGUCACAUCUACGACAUAAAACUUGCAUAUUUGUCUGUGAUAGGUCUAGGGAUAGGUUAUACUGCUUUCCAAAUCAGAGAUAGGUUUUACCCAGGGCAUCAGCCACAACGAAUCAAUCGAAGGGUUCCCAAAUUACCCAAUGGCGCAAGAACCGAUGCUGUUUUCAUCGUGGGGUCAUUCACUGACCAUUUAACGAGAAUCAUAGCCUACGACUUGGAAAAGAGAGGGUUUACCGUGUUUUGUUCUAUUUUGGACUCGACCGAUGUAAAGUACAUCGAAUCAAAUAAAGUCAGUGACCAGAUUAGGUUUUUAGAUUUCACUAGACAAUCUGUUGAGAAUGCAGUGGGAGAACUCCAUGAUAUUUUGAAAACGCCGGUUGUGCCAUUUGCCAAUGCUGAACAACAUCACUUCAAACUAAAGGCAAUCCUUUUCGCUCCUAGUUGGCAAUUCCCGUUGGGUCCAGUAGAAAACACAAGCAUUAGUACAUGGAAGAAAUUGAAUACUCGAUUACAAGUGGUGAUGGAAAUGCUCACCUGUGGGUUGUUACAACUUUCACGAAACCAAAAUUCCAAAUUGUUUUUACUAAAUUCAAGUAUAAGUUCCUUGGACCUCCCGUACCAUGCGCCUGAAUCAAUUUUCCAGAAUGAAUUGGGUCACUUGUUUACAAUAUUGGGACGCGAAUUGCAGCAAUACGGCAUGUCUGUAACUCAAAUCCGAUUGGGCAAUCUAAGAAUCUCAAAUCAAAAAGUCAAUUCUAGCACUCGAAUUGAAAGUUUGGUCAACACUGAGGUACGAGCUUGGACUUCAGAAAUGAGAGAUUUGUACGCAGCAGACUUUGCCAAAAUCCAAUUCAAAAGUAAUGCGAUUAGGGGAAGUGGUGGUAAAGGUACCCCAGUUAAACUGUUGUUUCAUUUACUAUUCGAUUUAAUCUAUGCAGAUAGGAACCCACCCACAGUCUACUGUGGGAAAGGAGCUAGGUUUUACCAUUGGCUAGGGAGGAUCUUGCCUACUUCUUGUUUGGGGUGGUAUUUGAGAUGGUGA